GCCGCGACACGUACAGAUUUUUAUAGAAAAUUCGCGACGAACGCGUUUUAUUGCAAAUUAAUUAAAAAAAAUAAAAUAAAAACGCUUUGAAUUUAGUUGAAAGGAAUUUUUUUCCACAAUUCAAAAAAAAUUUAAAUAAUGCGAGAAAUACACGAUCGGCAUACAACGGUGUGUUGAAAGUGCAUAACGAAUUGUGGUACAAAAAGUGUGGAACUUAAUUAACUACAAAUUCCCCUGCAAGUGGGCAUGGUGAAGAGCAGUUAAAAGCUUCAAAUAUAUAAAAAUCGCUCUACCCCCCUAAAAGCAAAAGAGUUCAACGUAUUCACCACUGCUGUCGACGAUUGUGUCUAUAAAUAAAGUGUCUGUGUUGUUGCUAUUGGUGUUGCAUUGUUUGUGGUGGCAUUUGCAUUUAAUUUUUCUGUAAUAAAAGUAGUGGACGUCAGUGAUUUCGAAGGUUGACACCACACACCAGCAUAGUACAUCACACCACACCACACCAUCAUUUGGUUAUAUUCAAAUCCACCUUUUUGCUCCGCUCCUGGCUGGGUGUGCUAAUCUUUGUCGCUGUUCGUGUGUGUGCGUGCGUUUAAGCAUUUCUCGUUCAAACGUUGGUUGCUUACUUUAUUUACUUGUUCGCGGCAGUUGCUGCGAUCUUUGUGGUGUUGCGCUGGCGCAGUGUAAGUGGAACUCUGCUAGUGAUCGGUAGGACAAAUUUGCUAUAGUGCGCUUUGUACUAAAACGAUCUCUCCGCUUCUUCUACUACUGAAGUAAUAUAUAAUUUAGUAGUGAGACUAUUGCUCGCUCGUCGUUGUCGUCGUUGUCGUCGUCGUCGUGAGCCCCACUUGAACAUUUAACACUGAAAGUUUGUGUGUGCUUCGAGUUAUUGCAAUUUCUUGCGUUGAAACGUGAAUACCGUUCGUAGUUAGUUGCUGCGGUGAUCAUCGCUGGUGUUUCAAAAAAACUUCAGCGCAAGUAAAAAGACACAACGCGCAAAAUAAAACGAAAAUAAAUACACAAUGGCAAAACUUUUAGUAGUUUUUGUCAUUUUAGCUGUGGCUGCUGCAACAGCUUCUGCAGAACGUGUGAGACGUCAGGCCACAACUGAGGAGCCCAAGAAAGAAGAGUCCUUCGAGAAGGAGCUCUGUAAAGAUAAAGAUGCCGGUGAAUGGUUCCGUUUAGUCGCUGGCGAGGGCGAUAACUGUCGUGAUGUCAUUCAGUGUACAUCGUCGGGCCUGCAAGCUAUUCGUUGCCCGGCUGGUCUGUUCUUCGAUAUUGAGAAACAGACUUGCGACUGGAAAGAAUCUGUGAAAAAUUGCAAAUCAAAGAACAAAGAACGCCGUGUUAAGCCUUUGCUGCAUACAGAUGAGCCACUCUGUCAAGAUGGCUUCUUGGCUUGUGGUGAUGGUAAUUGCAUUGAGCGUGGACUUUUCUGUAACGGCGAGAAGGAUUGCUCAGAUGGUUCAGAUGAGAACAGUUGUGGUGAGUACUGAAGACUGCAAUUAAUAAACUUC